GAUUCAUGGUUUAAUGCUAUUCUUCUGCUUGCUUUUUAAGUUUAGUCAUUUCAUUUAUUUAUUAUUGUUAUUCUUUACGCUCAUCAGAUAUAUAUCUAGAGUAAAUCUUACAUGUACUGGAGUUUCCUUUGCAUGUUUGUAGCAUGUAGGAGGGGUCUGUGGUUUAACCUUGAGGCAGGAGGAAGUCUUCAGUAACCUACUUUUCUUUUCUAGGAGACCAGAAACAAGAACACAAAACUUUCACAUAAAAGAAACCACACCAAGAGUUCUCUCGGCUCUCAUGAUGUUUUUUCUUUCUUUCUUUUCUUUUUUUUCUUUCUUUUUUUUUGUUAACAGUCAGAACUAAGCGUAUUUAAAAAUACAACUUUUCAAGUGACAAAGAAGCAAAUAAAAAACAGUAACUUGGUCUGUCCUGAAAAAAAAACGUUGCCUCGAGAUGAAUCACUUAACGAAAACAAAUAGAUGAAUAAUUUUAUUUUCGGGAUCUAAAACGUUUGCGAAAUCAUUAAAGCGAAAUGAUGACGAUUCUAACCUGAUGUUUUACUUUUCCUUUUAUUUAUUACAGCUUGCGUGCAACUUUUCUACCAUCACUUCUGUAUUUAGUUUCGACUCUUUAGUCAAUUGUGUGCGAUUUUGCUUCAGUAAAAUAAAUAAAAACACAUUUCUCUGAUGUUCACAGAAAAUUUGAAUAAAGUGUAAAAAACAACACAACUUCUACCUGAAUUCUUUUUUUUUACCCACCACAAACUUCUGGUAGUCAAAACGUGUUCCAAAAAUAGAAGCAUGUAAACCAGAAGGAACUAUAAAGAAGACUUGUGACUUGUAACUCAGAUGAACAGAUGAAAAUCUCCAGUACACAGUACAAGCUGUGUAUCAUUUCACCUCUGAAGAUGACUCCAAUCUGGACAAUUCUUUUAUUUCUCAACACAAUAACUUCAUCUCAAGCUGUGGAUUUUUCCAGACCGUCAUUUCUCUCAGUGAGACCUGGACAACGUGUUGCUCUUAACUGCCCGUUUGGAAACAUUCCUAAGGCUGAAAGUGUGGUUUGGUACAGACAAAUAAUUGGAAAAAUGCCUCAAAAAGUGGGAGAAAAAUCAACGUAUAAGAAUAUAAACAUUUCUGACGUGUUCAAGACUUCAGGAUUUAAAAUGGAGGAGAAUGAUAAAGGCAUUUCUCUGACGAUUCAACAUAUAAAAAAAGAAGACGGAGGACUUUACUACUGUGGUAGAUUUAGCUGGGAGUAUUUUACAUUAUCUAGUGGAACGUUCCUGGUUGUAAAAGAUGACAGAGACGUAAAAGUGAGUGUGUGGCAGCGCGGCAUGAUGGACCCGGUUCCUGCAGGAGCCUCAGUGACUCUGCAGUGCUCGGUUCUCUCUGAGAGCAGAGCAGCAGAACUCCAAGUGCUCUGGUUCAGAGCUGCUCCACCACAAUCCCAUCCUCAAAUCAUUUACACUCAUCACAACAGCAGCCAUCAGUGUGAGAUCGACUCUUCACACACCUGUGUGUACAACUUCUCCAAGAACAUCCUCAGCCUCAAUGAUACUGGAACUUACUACUGCGCUGUGCUCCUGUGUGGGAAGAUCGUCUUCGGGAACGGGACAUCAGUACAGAUGGAGAACUUUCCGGAAAAUGGUUUGUCUUUAGGUCCUGAAGUGUUCUACCUCACUGUAGUGGUGGUCGUGUGUGUGGUUGUGAUCUUCACUCAAACUUUUAUCAUCUGUAAAAUGAGAAACUGUGUCAGAACCAGAGCUUCGAGACCGCAACAAGGUUCUAGGGCAGAAAAAACACCCAAUAAAGAUGCCGAUGCAGAGGAGCUGAAUUACACUUCUUUACAUUUCAGUAAGAAGAACACUAAAAGAGUGAGCAGAAACCGAGACAAACCUGAAGACUGCAUUUAUUCUGAAGUGUUGUCUGGCACCUAGAUUAUAUUUCUAAUUUAAUUAGUUUAUUUUAUUCAUUAGUUUUAUUUUUCCUAAUUAAAGGUUAUUACAUAUCUGUGGUCAGUGUUCUCAUGUCCUGUGAUGGACAAACAAAUAUCCAUCAAAUCAUAUUCAAACUGUGUGAUUAUUUAUUUCUGUGUAAUUCUGUGUGGAAAAUUCAUCACAGCCAACAAACAUUGUCUUCAUGUGGUGUCUGUGUGUCAAAACACCUACACACUUGUACUCGCAGCACACUUUUUAUGCUCAUUGAACAUUUUCAAGGCCACGUAGUGAGGCGUUAUGAUUAAAAUUGUCCCCAUGGUUAUAAAGAUUCAUUUCAGAACAAAUUUCAGUUGAUCUGAUUACAGACGGUUGUGUUAAACAGUCAGUUAUUGUACACUUACAAAGGGAAAAUGUGUAAAAAUAAUAAAAAUGAAAGUGAACAUGUGGUGUAGGGACAAACGUUUCAUUUCCUGCUCUUGAGGUUAACUGAUCUAACUGAUCUAACCAAUCUAACUGAUCUAACAGCUUUGUGCACAAUUAUUUUAGAUAUUUUUAGUAAACUAUGAACAAAAUUCAAAAAUUAAAAACAAUGAACUUCUGAAAUCAAAAGAUUUGAAAAAUGCUUGUGACUUUUUUUUUCUACUGUCACUUAAAGUCUGACAGUAAAGGCAUCACUAGACAUGUGCAUACUUUUAACUUUUUACUUUAGAGUCUCAUUACCCUUUUUUACACAAAAAUGCAAAACAAAUAAAACUGUUUAAAAACCUG